CAACUGUGUCCUCGCUACUUGCCUAUGGCAUACGGUUGAGUUUCCUUUGUAGCCUAACAAGUUAGUGUAAAGUUUUAUGUGAAUACAUUUAAGCCCGCAACGUUUUCAGUGAUUUAACUGCGACGACACUACGUGUUCCACCAGAGAUCAUCAUGGGAAAACAGAACAGCAAGCUGCGGCCCGAAGUGAUGCAGGACCUGUUGGAAAGUACUGACUUCACUGAACAUGAGAUCCAGGAAUGGUACAAGGGUUUUCUGAGGGACUGCCCCAGUGGAAAUCUCUCAAUGGAAGAGUUCAAGAAGAUAUAUGGAAACUUUUUUCCUUAUGGAGAUGCCUCCAAGUUUGCAGAACAUGUUUUUCGCACGUUUGAUGCUAAUGGCGAUGGCACAAUAGACUUCCGGGAGUUUAUCAUUGCUCUGAGUGUGACAUCACGGGGAAAGCUUGAGCAAAAGCUUAAAUGGGCUUUCAGUAUGUACGAUCUGGAUGGCAAUGGGUAUAUCAGCAAGUCUGAGAUGCUGGAAAUUGUACAGGCCAUUUACAAGAUGGUAUCCUCAGUAAUGAAGAUGCCUGAAGAUGAGUCAACACCAGAGAAGAGAACAGAAAAAAUCUUCAGACAGAUGGACACAAACCGCGAUGGAAAACUGUCACUGGAGGAAUUUAUUAAGGGAGCAAAGAGUGACCCAUCCAUUGUGCGGCUGUUGCAGUGUGAUCCCAGCAGUGCAGGCCAGUUCUGAUUGCGGGACCUCAUCUCAGAUGUCCGUCACCCUAAAUUCCACAAAAAUGUAUUUAUAUUUUAGUUUUUAUUUCAGUUGUUAAUUGCUAUACCUCUCUUUUCUCCAGACUGUUUGUAUAACUGGGACUGACCCCUCAUGUAUGUCUAUGCCUAUGUUUGGGUCUCUGGCAGCCGUACUCUAUCAACUUUUUCUCUGUGUGGCAACUUGCAAACCGUUAAAGGUUUGGUUCAAUAUUUUGGACAUAGGACCUCAUUUCCAUGUUAGCAAGUGUGAUAUUUAUCAGUGGAGACCGUGUUCAACACAUUUCAUCUAGUCCUUCUAGUUGCAGAGUUCGCAGGUGCUAGGCUAGCGCAAGUCAUCAGUAUGUGUUAGCCUGCCACUGAAAACAGUUUUACCCACUCCACAGUACACCCAAGGCAAAUAAAUUAUAACGCCAGGCUAUCAAUGUAAAUGUCUCUGUUGAUUUCUAACAUUAUUCUAUCUUUGCAUUUCAAUGAUCGCAUUACAUUUUGAGGGACUAGUUUCUUAGCAGCAGCGGAAUUAUACUUUCUCCGGUUAGUAGUACUGCGCCCGAACUUCAGGGAACAAAGUAUAACUAUUGCAAUGUGAUGCAAGGGUAGUUUUAUUUCUAACACUAUUCUAUCAACACAGACAUUGACAUGGAUUGUCUGGCAUUAUAAUUUAUUUGCCGCGGAUGUACUUUGGAGUGGAUAAGACUGACAGGCUGACACAUACUGUUGACUUGCGCUAGCCUAGCA